AUGGAGGGUCCCGAAGGAGACAGCGGAGCUCCCGACUCGUGGGAGCUGGCGGAUUUGGACGAGAGCAUGAGCCGUUUGCUUGCCUCCUCCUCUUCGUCCAGGAAGAUUCCGCCGCCGGAGUUCGUCGACGAGGUGGCGACCCCCGCGCCCCCUGUGUCGACGCCUGUCGCUUCUUCCGAGUCUUCUUCAUUGCAGGCGGCUGCGGUGGGCCAGGUGGACCAAUUUCUGAGGGAGGCACUGGAGAAGCCGCGGGAGAGACUGGCGAGUAAGUUAAUGUCUGCGUUCACUACUUUGCUUUCUGCUUGUGUCUCGAAAGGCCUGAAUUUCAUUAUGCGUAUUGAUCAGCUUGAGAUUGCACGCGACAAUUGCCUCCAAGACUUGUUACGGUGUAUGCCCUUUCUUCUCCAUGUGUAGAAAAUUUAUGCACUUUCAGAAAAUGCAACAUAAGUGCCGUCUUCAUCCCGAAUUCAUGGUUACAUCAUAUGUAUCAUGUUCUUGGUGGGGAUUACAUGCCAGUGUUCAUGUCUUCAUGAAUUUGUUGAUUGCAUAGAGUGCUGAAUGAAUGACUUUACCUACUGUGCCAUCUGAGCGAUCAAAGGACUAUGAGCUUCAUUGACAGUUAAUAUAGAAUUUUCUGGCUCAGUUCUGACAAUUUACUUACUGGGAUGUGUUGCCUCUACUUGGCUGUUGAGAUACUACCCUCUUGGUGAGUAGGCUGUUAUUAUCAUCAUCGCAAACAUCUUCACUAAAAAUACAGCAAGAAACCUUCUUUUACGUCUGUUUCAGGCUGGCGUCGAACUUCAACGCCGAAUCUCUUGGGUUCCUACAAUAUUUUAUCCUGCUGUGAACUUGAAGCAAAUAUUUUAUUUCGCGUGGCAAAUCUUUGGGAUUGAUCCGUACACAUGCAGGAGAGGAUUUUCCGAAGGAUAAAUUGAUGACAACUGUGUCCAAUGCCUCAUUGUGUCAUAUGGCGUGGUCAUUUUUAAGUGCUGCGAACAGAAAUCCAUUUCAUUGGAUAAUGUUUCUGGUUUAUCGACAACUAUAGUUGUUUUUUGUCAGCGUCAUAUGGUUCCCAUGUUCUAUCGCAUCAAUUCGUUUUUAUAUUCUGGUUGCAUUCCUAUUGUGAUAUAAUUUCCAUUUUUUAGUACACUUCUUCCUUGGCAUAAACAUAGAUUUAAUCCUUUUUCUUAAGCCUCCGCUGAUUUACGAUCCCCCACUGCUUUGUUUUCUCUUUUGCUCUCAAAUUUUUCUCAUUUUUUUUUGGGUUCUACCCUCCGUCUCGUGAAGUACCCGAUCUUUUUUUUAUUUUUUACUAUUUCUGCCAUUUCUAUUCUUCAAUAUCUCCGUCCAAAAAAUUCAAGGCAGAUAACUGGCUUCUUUCAUGUCACCGUUUUGUUCUUGGCUUUGGAAAUGUAUGGCAGCUCUGUACCCAUCCUGCACAUGAGUAGUUUUUAAAAGGGAUUCGGUAGACUGGCCCCCUUUUAGCUGUUAUUUUAUUAUUUCUCAAUCUUUACUUAGAAGGCUUUUCCUGUUUUUGUCAUAUUUAAGAUUUUGUAUGUCUUCAAUAUAAAUUUGAUCCCACAGUUGAGUAAUACGAUAGUUUUUAUCCUCUUCCUCUUUUUUUAUAUUUCUUCAAAUAUGAUGCGGGUAUAUGGUCACUGUCCAUGACUUUCUGCCUUUUCUUUUGGAAUUCUCUCCUGGGCUCCUACUUUGUAAAUAUUUCCUAAGAGAUGAACCUCGCACCGUUGCUGGUGGGAUAGAGUUGGAAUUUCAAAGUUCCAACCAAAUAGGUGGAAUUUUCUGGCUUGCUAUUUAUGUCACUCCCCUCCUCUUACAUAUCUCCGGUCGAAGUCGUGGGAGGAGUGCUGGCAGUUCAUGCAUCCCAGCAGAUCUAUUGACUUGUAAAAUACGCAUUUUCUACUUUUAUUUUUUAGGCGUGAAAGGAAAUUAGGUCCAGCCCGUCUCCUUGACAUACUAUAUGUCCACAGUUCUCAAUAAUGAAGACAGAAAAUCCAGGGGUGCAUAACCUAUGUAAAACAUAGAAAUAAAUCGAGUCUUUAUCCCCAUUCCUACUCUCAGUUGUGUGGUGGAGCAACAACUUGUUUCUCUACGUCAUGUUGUGUAAGAGACGAUUUUCCUGUUACUGUCUUCAUGGAUUUAAUUUUACCUUGAAAGGGAUGUGGACACUCAGGAUAUAUUUCUUGUAUAAUUGUAAAGGUAUGGCUAUUCUGCAUAAACGAAAGAUGGUAGUGAUGCUUAUUUGAAAUGCUUCUUUUCUGCUAAUGAAGUUUCUUUCUCAUUUAGUUUUACGAAUGGAGCAAGAAAUUGAGAAGUUCAUCAGGGAUCCCACUCAGCAACAGCUGGAGUUACAACCACAGCCAAAUUCCUAUCUACGAUUGGCAGCACAUCGAAUUGCCCAGCAUUACUCUCUCCAGUCCAUCGCCAUGCCAGACAACAGUUCGCCCGAUGGUUCAAGUUCCAGGAUCUUUCUUCACAAAACAUCUUUAUGCCGUUUCCCUCCAAUUCGUCUCACAGACAUCCCUGUUAACCUGCCGAAGGAAGAAGGCAGCAACAUGGUUAAGGUUGCUAUCAAAAGGAGACCAGACAAAUAUUCACAAAAUGCAGGUUCUGCGGAUGCUCAUUCAUCAAAGAUGAAUCAACUAAAAAGUGUAGAGGAAAGAAAAGAAGAGUACAACAGAGCACGUGCUCGCAUAUUUAGCAGUAUCAGUGGCAGUAAUAAUGAUGGGAGAGCAGAGGAGGAUGUUGCCUUGACAGAUGUUUUCCAACACAGUCCUGUGGUGUCAAGUCAGUCUGAGGAGAAACCGGUUUAUGAGCCAACUGGACUUAAUAUUGGCCAGGGUUCAAAUGAAUCUCUUGGAGGCAGCAGCAGAUCAAGUAGAGGUAAGACAGAAAAUGAACCUACCAUCAAUAGGUACAAGGUGGGAAAUAGAGUUGCCAUUUUUCGUGACCGUGAGAUGGACCGCAAAGACCCUGACUAUGACAGGAACUAUGACAGGUGUGUAAACAAUUCAGAGCGCUCCCUUUCUUUCUUCUUUUUUUUAGAAAAGCUUAAUAGGAUCGGUGAAAGACUUCUUUGAGCUGGUUGCUGACUAUUAGAACUCGCGGUGGCAAUCAUUCGCUCAGAUUCUUUGAUCCAAACAGUCAGGACUUCAUUUUUUCACUUUCAGGAGGAGAGGAACCUAUUGAAUUUACCUGAGGGGCGUCCCACAUUUUCCUUUUGGCUGACUGUAGCUAAAAUUCUUUUUUGAAGUAGUAGUUUUUUGAUAUUUUGAGAACACGUGUUUUGGAGUGUAUAGGGCGACGAAAGUUACUACCUUUCGGGGAGGUGGUGUGGGGGUGUGGGGGUGUGGGGUUGUGGGAGGAUCAGCCUGGGAGCCACGAAAACCAGUGGUUUACGCUGAUGUAUGUCAUUUCUUUGAGUCUGCUCAUGAGAAGCACGUAAACUUAGCUUUGAUUAUGAUAUGAUGGCACCUCAUUUUAUGAUUCAGCAAUUUUAUGGAACUAUAGCGAUAUUUGAUAUCAGUUGCACUAAACCAGAAAUUAUUUGCUUUAUUUUUAUUGUUCUUUUCUUUAAUCAUUAUCCUCUAUUGAAUGCAGAUAUGUGCAAAGGUUUGAUCCGGGGUUCGGUUUCAAUGGGGGAGGAGGGGCCUAUGGCAUUCAACCAUUGUACACUCCCGCUGUGAACUACAAUACAGAAUUUCCGCAGCUUGGAUCGAGUCAUUUAACGCAGAUGUCUAUUGAGCACCAACAGCGACCUAUGCCACAACACCCCCACGUCCCUUGGGGCGCUGGAUCGCCAUCUGCUACAGUUGGUUACGGCCCUCCAGAGGGAUUGCUGCCUCCUUUCAAUCCCAGUCCAGUUGGUCCUCUCUCAAAUCCUUCUGUCUAUUUGCCUUCUUCCCAGUAUCUCGCUCAGCCAAGAGGCCCAAGGCCCGGAAUGAGUUUUAUCCAUCCUCAAGAGCUUGCGCAGCCUUUCUCACAGGUAAAUGGCAUCUAUCGUUACUGAUUGGGUGGAGGUGCCAACUUUGGUGAAUUUCCCCCUCGCUGAGUUUCUUUAAACGCUCACCCAGUCAGAGGUUCUGUCGUCAUCUGUUAAGUCAGUAAUCAUUGAUCUUGCGUCCAGGAUCUGUCCACAUCAGCUCCCUAGCUCCAUAGAUACGUAGAAUGGAUAUUACUUUAGACAAAAUAGUAUAUUUUCAUAAGAAGAGAAAAUUUCCUUUUUGCAGAGCUUUUUACUCUUUUGUUGUUCCAAUGCUGAUCCAGCGCACCCUUCUUAUUCCGUAUGCAGACUCACCAGCAGCAAUCUGAGGCAAGUUUUGGAUUAUCCAGGCCCCGCUGA